CCAUCAAUGAAUCCAAUCGAAUCUGCCGCCAAACGGAUAGCUCACAAAACUAUUGCUCAAAGCGAAGAUAGUAGUUAGUCAAGAGGUCCUCGUUCUAUUCUAUUGGCUGGUUAUCCAGUUAGUUGGAGUAUCAAACGCCAUCAAAAAUAGCCAUCACAUCACGGAAACAUCACAUUUCACAAAACAAACACAACAAUGAUCCGGUCUCUAGCUUCCAAACAACAACAACUACGAGUUAUCCAGACUGCGUUUGCUCGCAGUUACUCGGCUUCUACACAUGUCCCCAAGACUGCCUUGACGGCGGAAGAGUGCAUUGCUCUCGAGGAAAAGUAUGGAGCUCACAACUACGCUCCCCUUCCGGUAAUUCUGUCCAAAGGCAAGGGAACCAAAGUCACCGAUGUGGAUGGCAAGGAGUAUUUUGAUUUUCUUUCGGCCUACUCGGCGGUCAACCAAGGUCAUUGCCAUCCCAAAAUCAUUGGGGCCCUGACAGAACAAGCGUCGACUUUGACACUGACCAGUCGAGCCUUUUACAAUGAUUGCUUGGGAGAAUAUUCCGAAUUUAUCACGCGAUACUUUAACUAUGACAGAGUUUUGCCCAUGAACACGGGUGUCGAAGGAGGCGAAACCGCCGUCAAGUUGGCACGACGAUGGGGAUACGAAGUCAAGGACAUUCCCAAAAACAAGGCACGAAUCUUGUUUGCCAACAACAAUUUCUGGGGACGGACGCUGGCGGCCAUUUCUUCGUCCAAUGAUCCAUCCGCAUUCAAAAACUUUGGUCCCUACAUGCCGGGGUUCUCGUCCAUUCCCUAUGGAGAUGUCGAUAUGCUGGAUAUGGAAUUGGACAAGGAUGGAGAGCAUAUUGCCGCAUUCAUGGUCGAACCCAUUCAAGGAGAAGCUGGAGUGGUCGUCCCGGAUGAUGGGUACAUGAGAGAAGUCAAGAAAGUAUGUGAAAAACAUAAUGUACUGUUGAUUGCCGAUGAAGUACAGACGGGCUUGG